CAUCACUGGGGAUCUUUGUCUACUGUACCAGCCUCUAUCAGCCUCCUCAUACCUGCCUUCAGUCCACAUCUUCUCCUUGGAAAAUUUCCUCAACAUCCGGUGCAAAUAAUCACAAUCAGGCUGAAAUUUGCCAGUUCACGUUUAACUAAUCCAAGCUGCGAGGUACCAAGCCUGACAUUAUGGAUAUUGCAAUCCAACAUCCCUGGUUUAGACGCACCCUGAGCUACCCCACCCGUCUCUUCGACCAGCUCUUUGGAGAAGGCCUGUUCGACUAUGACCUCUUCCCCUUCGCUGCCUCAACUAUCAGCCCUUACUAUCGACACUCACUCUUCCGCAACUUCCUGGACUCCUCCAACUCAGGCAUCUCUGAGGUGAGGUCUGACAGAGACAAAUUCACAGUGUACCUGGAUGUGAAACACUUCUCUCCUGAUGAGCUCAGUGUCAAGGUGACAGACGACUAUGUGGAGAUCCAGGGCAAGCAUGGAGAAAGACAGGACGAUCACGGCUACAUCGCCCGUGAGUUCCGCCGCCGCUACCGUCUGCCUUCUAAUGUGGACCAGUCUGCUAUCACCUGCACACUGUCUGCUGAUGGCCUGCUUACUCUUUGUGGACCCAAGACUGGUGGCAUAGAGGCUAGCCGCGGAGAUCGCACCAUCCCUGUUACCCGGGAGGACAAGACCAACUCAAGCUCCUCCUCCUAGAUGGGUUACUCCCUACAGUGAGGUGGUGGUAUGGAGGUGUGAGUGGGGCUCACAGGGGGCUUUGAUUUCAGAGGGCAUCUAAAGGUGGAUUUAAACAAAUCCUCUAUUUGUUUAUCAUUAAACAAGCCCUUCCUCCCACUUCCACUUCAAAGGGUGUCAGUGUAUAUCUGACCUAAUACCUUCUUUCAUUAGACUACACUAGCUAAUAAUCUCCAUAAUCCACUAUGAUUGUUUUCAUUUUUCAUGACACAAAAGAAAGGGAUCAGGAUGAUUGGCUGGGGGUCUUCUUUCUUAAUCAAGCCUCUGUGCUCCUCUCUAGUCCUCUGGUAAAUCACACACAGUCAUUGUUCUGAUCCUGGUGAUACAGGCUACUAUAAGAGUAAUCAUUAUUUAAAAGUAUAAUCCUUUAAUGUAUAGCAUCAGUUGGAGAACUAAAUGCUCCAAGAAAGGUUGGAGAGCUUGAUUAAAGAGUUCUGUUUGAAGAUUUCAGAUUUGAGAGAGAUUCCAUCACCAGUCAGACCUCGGCCUCCUCCCUUGCCUGUGUCAUGACCUCUUUUCUAGACCUUUCUUGUCAUUGACUCUUUCCUGUCUUGUAGGUUUUAGCCCUGUUCUACUGAUUACUGACUCCUCAGGAGUCUACUAAAAAGUGAUUAAAACAUAAAUA